AAGAAAAUAAUUUAAAACUGAUGGUUACCCGAGUGUUAUUUUUCACACAAUUUCGUAAGUUCAACCGAAAUUUGAAAAAAAUUCAAUUCAGUUACGCUUCAAAUAGCUUCGAAAACCUCAAUUUAUAUUGCAUUAAUAAAACCAUUAAUCAUUAACAACAAAAUAAUUAAAGAAUUGCAUAGCAAUAUGUCAUGCUUGUGCCAAUAUUUUGUGACAUCGAAAAAUCGCAAGUUUAUAGGUCACAGCACGGAUGGCAGUGACCUCUCGGUGUUUACCCAAAAUCCACUCGCACUAACGAAGGAGGAGUCCAAGCGAGAUGAAGUCACCAAAUUGAACGAAGAAGUUUCUGCAACCGAAUUAGCAGCGGCCAAGGCGGAAAUUUGGGUACUCAAAAAGCAUCUCAGCGAAGCACAAAUCUCUGUAGAGAACUUGGAAAAUCUUGUACGCACCAUUAUACUCAAACAGAAUGAAUUGUUGGGCGAAAUGUACGAAUUGAAAAACCAGAAUUAUGAGUUGCAAGAGGAAUGUCGCAUGCAACGUGACUAUCAAAUGAUGGAACGAAAUGCUAUGAUGCGUGAAAUGCAUGAGAUCAAAACAUUGCUUGGCGAUCGCACACGACUACUGGAGGACACAGUCGCACGCAAUUCAGAGUUGACCUCUGCUCUGCAGGAUGCUAACGAAAAAAUCUAUAUGAUGGGCAUGAAGUUCUUGAAAUUGAAAGCGUCGCGUUCGAAACACGUAAAUGCCGCACAGACUACAUCGGGUAGUAAUACUGAACGUUCGAAUUCUGGUUGAUAUACUGGAAUUUUGUAUACUAUACAUACUAUAUAUGAAUUAGUUGAAUGACAGCACUUCGCUUCAAAUUGUCCGUUGUUGCACAAAUGUUUAUUUUACUAUGUCUUUAUAUUUUAAUGAAUAUUUUUGAAAAAAACAGGCUAUAGUAUACAUUUAUACAUGAAUCUACAUAUAUACAUUUUUAUACCCCGAAGGGGGAAUAUUAAAUUUGCCACGAAAUUUAUAAGACCCAGAAGUAAAUAUUUACAUAUGGGUAGUCGA